AUGAACAAGUGUGUGUUUGAGGAGAUCACCAUUAUUGCCUGCCAGAAGCUCCAGAACAAGAUAGCAGGCUGUGUCAGACAUCUGAUGAAGCAGAUUCAGAGAGGGCUUGUGAGAGGCAUCUCCAUUAAGCUGCAGAAGGAGGAGAUAGAAAGGAGAGAUAAUUAUGCACUAGAGGUUUCAGCUCUGGAUCAGGAGAUCAUUGAAGUAGAUCCCGAUACUAAGGAAAUACUGAAGCUCUUGGACUUUGGCAGCCUGUCCAAACUGCAGGUCACUCAGCCCACAGUUCGGAUGAAUUUCAAAACACUAUGUGGCACCGUUUAA